UCAAAUAACCCUUUGGCUCUCCACUUUUUAUCCUUUUUCUUGCAUGCACAUGCUCCUCUCGCUGUGUUGUGGUAGCGGUGGUUGUGUCCUUUCUUAUGCACGAAAUUCAUUCUCAAACCAGUGCAUGGCUCAAGAACAAGAAACUAAAAAAUUAACCGCACAGCAACAAUACGAGAGUAGAAACUGUGCUAUUCCUCGUCGUUCCGUCCGUCCCAGUUCUGCUCCAGCAUAAGCAAUUUUUUCCACGAUAACGAUACACGACCGAGUGUCCUCCAUGUGUCUCACUUUGGAUCAGUAUGCAGUGCUGCAUAUUUGUACGGCUCGAGAAAAGUUUUGUUCUUUGGGUCAUAUCAAGAGUGAUUAAAGUAAAGUAAUUUUUCAUCUGCAAAACUAUUUUGGUGUGAAUUGUACAAAUCUAAAUUUGAGUACGCCUUGCUGUGUUUAAUUGUGGAGACACGUGGAGUUUGAAACCGUGGAUAUUAAGGCGACAAAGACAUUUUCAUAUCACUCGACUCACUCGCGUGGCUCAACGCACAUGCUGUUUCAAAAAAUGUUGGGGUUUUAAUUUCUUUGGAUUGGUGCAUGCAAAAUUCUCAGAAUUUUAUCAAUUUUGUGAUAAAAAUUGAUAGCCGUAAGAACGACAUCUGGAUGGACGUGAAAUAAUAAUUGACUCGUCUUAUUUGGAAAGAUAUCAGAUCAAAUUCUGACUCAAGACAUGCACAUGAAAGGUGGAAGUGGUUCGUAGAUUAGUGUUAUUAUCAAGUUGUUGGUUGGUGCUGUGUUGUAGCUUAAUAAUGCAGUUGCUAGCGAAUAGGUGAACGACAAAUUAUUUACGCAAACCAAAAACUAUGUUCAAGUUUUGAAUUUAAGUGAACUUGAUUUUCUAAUUUACCUGAUGGAUGCAUACAUAACAUAAUAAUAAAAGUGGAAUUGCAACUAGUUGAUCCAUUGAUUUGGCUUGAUAAACCUCUUAUGGUUUGGUGAACGAACCAAGAAUGUACCAAAAAUCGUACCAAAGUUAAAAGUGAUCUCUUUUAAUUUGUUACGCAGCAGCAGUAUGUACAUUUGUAUGUACGUAUAGUAAUGUGUAUAAGGCAAAGCCGGGGUUUACUUACGUGCUGUCAUAUACGUAUGUAAGUAAGUACAGGUUGUCAAUACAGCCUUUCGAUGUACACAACUUGUUUGACUCACAUUUCAUAAAAUUAUAAAUUGGGACCAAUCUACCGGUGAUCCUUUUGUUUUUAUGGCAGUUAGUGUGAGCCAAUAUGUUGGCGUUACAUAUAAUAAUAUAAACAUGGAGGAAACUUACAAAGAUGGAUCAAGUGCAUUAGUCACACUUUUCUCUCGUAAUAAAAAUGUUUGCCGUGCCACGAAGGAAACUUUGUAAAAUAUUGCUCUAAACUCCACAAUCGAUCACAGCCGUGUCACCGUUUAAUUGGGAGAGGUUGAAGUGGAAGUGAUCACUCGUUUGAGCCAUUCGUCUAAAAUCUGACCUAUUGCCAGAAGUGCUCAUGGGAAGUGCCAAAACAUUGGAAGCUUUAAUAAAUUAUUUUCUCUUUCUCGAGCUUGACUCGGCUCAAGAUUUUGCUUCCUGAUUUAUGAUUCUAUCUCUCAAAAAUGAUGGAGCUAAGUGUUUCUCAGAGUGAGAAAAACCAAACUAAUGGCUCUCCCUCUCUCCACCACCAUCAAUUUGUGUACCCGGCAGAUCUUCGCGUCCUGGGUUACGCACUACCCGCCGCCCUCUCCGCGACCAACAACGCCGCCGCCAUGAUGCACCACCACCACCAGCAGCAGCAGCAGCAAAAUCUGAUGAUGAUGAGCCCCCCCAGCCCCACAAACCUCUCCGUCGCCCCGUCCUCCGGUUCCUCCAGCAUCGGCUCACCCUCGCACCUCUCCUCCGCCAACGGCUUCAGCCUCCCAAGAAAUCUUAUCUUUUCGGAUCCAGAGAAAGCUGCCUUUUUCUGGGCAAAUAAUAGUGGUUCAAGUUCCAAUGUCCACGAGCAAAUCUCAUCAUCGUCCCCACGACCGACUCGAGAUGAUCAUUUCAACACCCGGGUUAUAGACAGUCCUAAUAAUUCCCACCAGCAACAUCCGCAUCAUUCUUCCCACCAGGUACCAUUGUCCAGAUAUGAAGUACAACAGAGACUGGAAAAUCACAGCAGCCCGGCCUCCACUCACGACGAGUUGACCCAAGACCACUCCAAGAGUCGAGAAGCAGACCACGGGGGCAGUCCCUCCCAAAGAACGUCGCCCCCGCUACACAGCCCCCCGUCCCCAGGUUCCAUUUCGACCGUUUCCAUCAACCCACACCAGAGCGGACAUAUUAGAAUACGAGGAGGAGGAGGAGGUGGUCGCAACGGGAGAGAAGAGGAUUUAUCCGACGGUGUCGUGCCUAAUUCAGGAGCUGGACAUGUGAGCAGCACCAGCAAUAAUAAUGGGUCAACUGGAGAGACAACAUCGACAGGAAAUAACCUGCAAUUGAUGAAUUGGAUGUCGGCUGUCAUGGCUGAACGACAACUUAUUAAUCAUCAGUCCUCUGUUGAUGGGGUUCAUUAUGUUUGGAACGGUGGUGCUGGCGAGGGCAAGCUAAACUCUCCUGAAAAUCAUCACAAUUCAAUCAAAUCAGUUGAUCAGUCGUCUCCUCACUUGCCCCAUUUGUACGGUGCACCCCGAUCCAACAAUUCGGGUUCUUCAGUUUCUUCAUCCCCACCUAGUUCGGCAGGCCUGGUAGUUCCGCAACCUUUGUCGAGUGGACUGGCAAACUCGAAGGGUGGUCAUCAUCAUCCCUCAGCAAACGGCACUGGGAGGAAGUAUAACUGUAAAAUGUGUCCUCAGAUAUUUAGUUCCAAGGCCGAUAUGCAGUUGCACACCCAGAUUCACAUGAGGGAGGCGAAGCCCUACAAGUGCAGUUAUGAAAGUUGUCGCAAAGCGUUUGCAAAUUCCAGCUAUCUUUCCCAACACACACGUAUACACCUAGGGAUUAAACCUUAUAGGUGCGAAAUUUGUCAACGAAAAUUUACUCAGCUGAGCCAUCUCCAGCAGCAUAUUCGCACGCAUACAGGGGAUAAGCCGUAUAAAUGCCGUCAUCCGGGAUGCAACAAGGCCUUUUCACAGUUAUCCAAUUUGCAAAGCCAUUCCCGGUGUCAUGAGACCGAAAAGAAAUUCAGGUGCAACAGUUGCUACAAAUGCUUCUUCGACGAAUCCUCUCUGCUGGACCAUAUUCCAAAGCACAAAGAAUCUAAGCACCUGAAGACUCACGUGUGUCUAACAUGCGGAAAAUCCUACACUCAGGAAACUUAUUUGACCAAGCAUAUGCAGAAGCAUGCUGAGAAAACGGACAAGCGAUUGGCCCGUCAGAACAAUAAUAACCACCAUCAGACAAACGGAACAAGUAAUGGUACCAAUGGUCAAUCACACCAAAUAAACAAUCACCAAAACUCCAACUCGAGCAAUGUCCUCCCAAGUCCAGAAAUGUACUGGAAAGCGGAACUCGGAGAAAGCAGUCCGCCGUCAAUGUGUCUCCCAGGAGGAGGUCAGUCCUCGCUCAUCGGACGACCAGGAAGCGAGGGACCGGAUGACCUUCGUUUAGGACAUCAUCAAGCUCAGUCCCCUACCCCCACAUCACUCUCCUACGAUGCCAUUGCAAACGUGAUUGCGUCCAAAAGUGCUGGUGCAAGUGCUUUCACUCCGAUUCAAACGGUAUUUGUAAAUCUGCAAAUCCCAGCCAAUAUGGCAAGUGGCGGAGGAGCACCCGGGCGUGCAUACUUACCUUAUGAACCACUUUCUUUCCAAAAAUCGGGUCAUCACCAAAUGUCAACAAUGGACAUGAAAUCUCCUGGAAAUUCAUUUCCAAAUCAACUCAUCUCAUCCGUUUGUUAUUCGGGUUUGGAAAGGAAUCCAACAAACAAGACCAACCUCAUCUCACUGCAUCAAAUUCGAAACUAUGCUCAUCAGCCCUCAAUGACUCCAGAACACUUGCUUGGCCUCAAAGAUAAAUAAGAAGAUGCGUGCAACAUUUGGCCUCAUCAAGAAAUAAUGAAAAUAUUCUCCUUUACUCCUUUAAACCCUCAAAUACUAACAUUCUGAGUAACACUUGUGAAUUUCAAUUACUUAGCAAAAAAGCAACACUCAACUAGUGUUACUGAAGCACGAUAUUAAAAGCAUUUAGAAUUAGCAAACUUUGACCUCAAAUUGAUAUUUGUACAUAAUAGUUGCAAAUAGUGUAAAUAUUAAUAAGCGGCAAGAGCAUGUAGUGCUACUAAUACAAGAAUGCAGAUGAAAACUUCUCAAAUAUUCUGUUACUGUACGUACGGUGGUAAUAGCCCAGUGCAUAAAUUAAGGAUACUCAUAAUAAAUGUAUUUAAUAGAACUAUAAGAUAAGCAACCAAAAAGACUUUAUAUAGGACAUGACAACAACAUUGAGAAGCCAUUAAUGGCAACAGUAUACAUCUACAUGGGCAAAAUAUUAAGGAUAAGCCCAUGUGCAUAUGUACGUAUCUACGUUCUGCAAGGGUUUAAUGAAGAAUUAACCGUCAAAAAUACGGAUUAUAACUUGUGUCACAAUUUUAUGACUGCCUACUCGCAAGUACUAUUUGGUUAUUUUUUUAUUUAUAUUUUUAGUUGGAAUUAGAAAUUGUUCGCUUUUUUAAAAUUCCAUAUUUGAAACAAUUUUGCUCUCUAAUUCUUCUUUAUAAAGAUGACAUGUUAGGACUACACACUCGACAUUUCGGACCACUUUUGAUAUUGACUCUUAUACAAAAAAGCAACUUUAAGACUGGUAUGUUACUGUUCUUCCUGUGUCGUAGUGUCCAAUACAAAUACACUUUUGUGUUUUUUUGCAUUUCCUUCUUUCUUGACUAUGCAGAUUUUUUUGUAUCUUGCGUUUUAAAGUUUGUUAUUUUUUUUAAUGUACAUUUUUGUUUUGCGAAAGUUGCUUCCAUUCACUUUUUAAAUUUCACCAAACUAUUGUAACUUCUUGAUAAUUUUGAUAAUUUUAUUCGCGUUUACCAGCUACAUACAAUUCAUCAAUUAUAUAAUUAUAAUAAUAAUAUUUGAAUACCCAAUGAAAUAUUUGUUUGUACAGUUUUAAACCUAGUUUUGUUUUGCAGUAUUAAUUGGUUAUAUAUCCACUUGACAAAUCGUAUCUAAUUUUAAGUAAAUUAUGCUUGUGAUUGAUAAACUUUGGAUGAAAACAUACCGGUUAUAAUAUUUGUUUGAUAUGCGUAUGGUUUACCAAUCUAGUUUUAAAUAAUUUGUUUUUUUGAAUGAUUUACUUUAUUGUUUAAUUAGGACAUACACAAGUUUUAUUGUAGCAUCUCAGUCGAGUAAUUGGGAACCUAAAUAAUUGGCAACAGCACGUUUUGUCCUCGUUCAUUAACAAUGGUAGCGUGUAAUAAUCUAUUGAAUGUCCAUCCAAUAAUGAUAAGUACACUUAGCCGGAAACAAAGGAAAUACGCAUUCUGAAUUUUUAGCCCGAGUGAAUUAAUCGAAAAUGGCGUGAACUCGGCCCGUUUUACUUCCAGGUUCUCAGAUUUUAGGUUCCAAAUGACUUGUAAAAUGCACCAAAUAGAGUAAAUUAUUAUAUAUGGCAACUACUACUACUAGCUUAAAUUUACGGUUUAUUAGUUGUGAGAUUCCCCAGUGAGGCUUCCAUCCAAAUUAACUGGUUAUUAACGGUUGAAUAAUUGCAAGUUUAGUAAAAUAAUCCAAAGCUUUAAUUAGUUGUUUCUGGAGAAUAUAUUAAAUAUAUAGAAUAUGAAAUUUAAAUGACAAUAUGCACAAGAUUACAAGAUAAUGUAAAUUGGUUGGUCUCUUCAUUUUUCGAUACUGUGCUACUCAUCCUCGUCAUUAGAAAUCUGGAGACUAUAUAGAAAUAGAAGUGCUCAGUCUUUUUAUUAGUUAAAAUGUUUUGAGAGUAGAUUUUCACAACUUUUUUUACCUUUUAGACCUACGUCUGCAAUUUGAUUAUUUAAGUAAUGUUUCCAUUGUGUCAACAACCUCUUUUUAAUUAUAUGUGUGUAAUGAUUACAUUGUAAUCGGUGAGAAAAAACCAAAAGUCCUCUAUGGAAAGUGAGAAUUUAUUGUAUAUACAUAAUAAUUAAACCACAAAAACAGAAUUUUACAAUAUAUUUCAAAUAGUGUAGAACAUUUUGAACAAUCUAACCAGGAGUGAUUUCUCGCAGUAACAUUAAACAAAAAUAAGAAUUAAAAUGAAAUACGUUAGUGGAUGGUAACUUGUUGGUGAGGAAAAGCUUUACACUUGAAUUCCUGUAAACCAGGGAUUUAGGUAGCAUUAUGUCGUAUUGUUAACUCUUAGGAAUUGUACAAUAGUUGAAUGUUGCAAAACUGAUACUGUAGCAAGCAGGGAUAGUUACGAUUAUCAAAUGUUGUUAGUAUUAGAUGAUUACUCUCCUAGAUUUUAGUUCAUACAUAAAUCGCAAAAUUAGUUAUAAACAUACUAUUUAGAUUAAUGCAUUGAUAUACUAUUUUAAGGAUGGUUGAUUAAAAGUAAUAAAGAAAAAUAUUCAGUAUCUCAA